GCUGUCAAUCAGAAAUCCUAACUCGCUCCAUGUUAGGCUGAAGUGUGUGAAAGUACUGGUGAAGGACUCGCGUGUGUUCAGUUAUUUCAGCGCUUUAAUGGACUAACCGAGACAUAAACGAGACGAGCGGGGGACAGCCGUGCAUAUAGCAUGAUUAGCUGGAUCUCCUGCAGCAGAUGAGGGAAGAUGCUGGCGAUGGAUCACGGCGUGGUGGAGGAGUGGCUGUCUGAGUUUAAGACUCUCCCAGAGACGGCCGUCUCCAGCUACGCCUCCUCUCUGAAGGACAAGGGCUCUCUGGUUCCUGCGCUUUAUAAAGUUAUACGGGAGAAUUACAGCGACCUGCUGGAGCCGGUGUGUCAUCAGUUGUUCGAGUUUUACCGCAGCGGCGAGCCGCGUUUACAGCGCUUUACUCUGCAGUUUCUGCCGGAGCUGGUGUGGAGUUACCUGUCGGUGACGGCGGCACGAGAUCCACACUGCAGCGGCUGCAUCGAGGCGCUUCUGCUGGGCAUCUACAACCUGGAAAUCGUUGAUAAAGACGGCCAGAGUAAACUCUUGUCCUUCACCAUCCCUUCCUUAUCUAAGCCAUCGAUUUAUCACGAGCCGUCUUCCAUUGGCUCUCUGGCCUUGACGGAAGGAGCCUUAGCCAAUCACGGCUUGAGUCGCGUGGUGUACAGCGGCCCCCACCUGCAGCGAGAGACCUUCACCGCGCAGAACAGGUUUGAGGUGCUGACGUUCCUGCUGCUGUGUUAUAAUGCAUCUCUGAGCUACAUGAGCAGCUCGUCUCUGCAGUCUCUGUGUCAGCUCAGCUCCAGGGUGUGUAUCUGUGGAUAUCCUCGGCAGCAGGUGCGCCGCUAUAAAGGCAUCAGCUCCAGGCUCAUGGUCACAUCAGAGUUCCUCGUUCAGCUCAUCACCGGCAUUCAUUUCGCGCUGUGUAACGGUGAGGUGGAGCUGGGCUCGAGGGCUCUGGAUGAUGUGUUGUACCGAGCGCAGCUGGAUCUCUUCCCGGAGGCGCUGCUGGUGGGAAACGCCAUCAAGUCGUCUCUCCACGGCGCGGCUCUGAAGGCCAACAAAGAGGGAACCCGCUCCAUCCAGGUGGAGAUCACCCCCGGACCCCCGCCAAUCCCCGGAGUCGCCGUCACCAGCCUGUCCAUCCGCGGACACCGCUGGAAACGCCACGACGCAGUGGAUUUGGGUUCCCCGGAUGAGCUGACGGAGAUCGCGGAGGUGGACGAGGGCAUCUGCACACAAGCGUGCGCCGCUCCGAGCAGCCCGCCGACCAUCGUCAUCAGCAGCAGCGGCGGCGGCGGCGGGAAACUGAGCGGGAAGGGCCUCCGCCGCCAAACACAACGCACAAAGAAAAGACAACCACAACGAAGCAGCCUACACCGCAAACAGGCCGCCGUCCGCGCCAUGAGCGAGAACCUGGAGCUCCUGUCACUCAAGCGCCUGACGCUGACCGCCAGCCAAUCAGUGCCCAGCAGCCCAAAUUCAGGGGCCCAAGAGCGGAGCUCGCUCAGUUCUGUCAUCGCAGCAAAUUCCUCCCCGCCUUCUUCUCACGCUCCUUCGAGCAGGUCAGCAACGUCCUCUCCUCCAAUCACCACAAAUAAACCAACGGGCAUGUGGCCUUGGAUUUAUUUGGAACACCUAAGCCCCGCCCACCAGCACCGGCAGCGCUCGCCCACCAUCAGUGUCCAUGUGACCUCUGACCCGUGACCCUAAACGGAGACGCUCACAGGAAACUGCAGCACCUUACAGGAAGUCUAUUUUGUUUUUCCCUAAAAACUAUUAUUUGUUUUGUUUUGUAUCGUCAGUCGUGAUUGAUCACCAAAGUCAUGUAUUUUUAAAGUGUUUUUAAAAGAUCCUCGUGAAGUCAGAUAUUGUGUAUUUUUAACGAUGAUUCGGAUGAUGUAAUGACUCACGUGCUGCGAUUUAUUUAUUUUGUGUGUGUGUGUGAAAACUGCCGUCGCUCUUCUCUGUGUAUCCCAGCAUGCACUGGGCUUGAACCGAAGCCAUCCUUUCACAGUUUCCAUGAGAAUUUGGGUGCUUGAUUACACACCCGAGUGGAAACUCCUGUUGAAGUCAGAACAAAACAAGAGUCGUCUUCAUUCAGUCGUGGUGUUUCAUGAGCAGUAUGGUUAUUAAUUAAAUAGCUGUAUGUGAGGACAGUGUGAUUAUAAGCCACAAACCAUUUCUUGAUUU